AUGAGUACUCCAUUUGGUUUAGAUUUAGGUAACAACAACUCCGUCUUGGCCGUUGCCAGAAACAGAGGUAUUGACAUCGUCGUCAAUGAAGUUUCCAACCGUUCCACCCCAUCUUUGGUUGGUUUCGGUCAAAAGAACAGAUUCUUAGGUGAAGCUGGUAAGACCAAGGAAACUUCCAACAUCAAGAACACUGUUGGUAACUUGAAGAGAAUUGUUGGUUUAGACUACACUCACCCAGAUUUCUCUACUGAAUCUCAAUUCUUCAGCUCCAAGUUGGUUGAAUUAGAUGACAAGAAGGUUGGUACUCAAGUCAGACUUGCUGGUGAAAGUAAGACUUUCUCUGCCACCCAAUUAGCUGCCAUGUUCAUUGGUAAGGUUAAGAACACUGUUCAACAAGAAACUAAAUCUAACAUUAACGAUAUCUGUAUCGCUGUCCCAGCUUGGUACAGUGAAGAACAACGUUACUCCAUAGCUGAUGCUGCCAAGGUUGCAGGUUUAAACCCAGUUAGAAUUGUCAACGAUGUUACUGCUGCUGCCGUCUCAUACGGUGUCUUUAAGACCGAUCUACCAGAAGGUGACGCUAAGCCAAGAAUUGUCGCCUUUGUUGAUAUUGGUCAUUCUUCUUACACCUGUUCCAUCAUGGCUUUCAAGAAGGGUGAAUUAAAGGUUUUAGGUACUGCCUACGACAAACAUUUCGGUGGUAGAGAUUUCGACCGUGCCAUUACUGAACAUUUCGCCGAUGAAUUCAAGUCCAAGUACAAGAUUGAUAUUAGAACUAACGCUAAGGCUUAUAACAGAAUCUUAACUGCUGCUGAAAAGUUAAAGAAGGUCCUUUCUGCUAACACUCAAGCACCAUUCUCUGCUGAAUCUGUUAUGGAUGAUGUCGAUGUUUCAUCCUCUAUGACCCGUGAAGAAUUAGAAGAACUAGUUAAGCCAUUGUUGACCCGUGUCACUGAACCAGUUACCAAGGCUCUUGCUCAAGCUAACCUAACCGUCGAAGACAUUGAUUUCGUUGAAAUCAUUGGUGGUACUACCCGUAUCCCAACUUUGAAGAACUCCAUCUCUGAAGCCUUCAACAAGCCAUUAUCUACCACUUUGAACCAAGAUGAAGCUAUUGCUAAGGGUGCUGCGUUCAUCUGUGCCAUCCACUCCCCAACUUUGAGAGUUAGACCAUUCAAAUUCGAAGAUAUUCAUCCAUACUCUGUUUCCUACUCUUGGGAUAAGCAAGUUGAAGAAGAAGAAUCUAUGGAAGUUUUCCCAGCUGGCUCUACCUUCCCAUCUACCAAGUUGAUUACUUUACAACGUACUGGUGAUUUCCAAAUGUCUGCUUACUACACUACCCCAGAACAAUUACCAAAGGGUACUAAGGCUGACAUUGCUAAAUGGGAAAUUACUGGGUUACAAGUUCCAGAAGGUGCUGAAUCUGUUCCAGUCAAGGUUGUCUUGAGAUGUGACCCAUCUGGCUUGCACACUAUUGAAGAAGCUUACACUGUCGAAGACAUUAAGGUUCAAGAAGUUGUUCCAUUACCAGAAGAUGCUCCAGAAGAUGCUGAACCUGAAUUCAGAGAAGUUACCAAGACCGUCAAGAAGGAUGCUUUGACUAUUGUUGCUCACACUUUUGCCUUGGAAGGUAAGCCAUUGAAUGACUUGAUCGAAAAGGAAAUGCUAUGUUUGCUCAAGAUAAAUUGGUUGCUGAAACUGAAGAUCGUAAGAACGCCUUGGAAGAAUACAUUUACACUUUACGUGGUAAGUUGGAAGAAGAAUAUGCUCCAUUUGCCUCUGAAGCUGAAAAGACUAAGUUGA